CGCCAGGAGGGCGGGGAGGGGCGCUGGGGCCUUGAGGCUCAGCGAAAACUCCGUGGGGCUUUCGGCCGGCGAGAGAGGAGGUCGGGGCGCACCGGCCGGAGGGAGCCCUGUACCCACAACUUCCCGGAAAGACGGCUUAGAGGGCGGACAGACAGACGGCAGGGAGGGCCAGUAUGACCCCGGUCCUGCAUCCCGCCUUGCCCCUGCUGCUGGUCGCCACGCUGACCUUCCGGGCGCUCCGGCGAGCCCUCUGCCGCCUGCCCCUGCCGGCGCACGUGCGCACCGACCCUCUGCGCACCUGGCGCUGGCACAACCUCCUCGUCUCCUUCACCCACUCCAUUGUGUCAGGGAUCUGGGCGCUGCUGUGUUUAUGGCAGACUCCCGCGAUGUUAGUGGAGAUGGAGACGGCCUGGUCACUUUCUGGCUACUUGCUUGUUUGCUUCUCCGCAGGGUACUUCAUCCAUGACACGGUGGACAUCGUGAUUAGCAGGCAGACUCGGGCCUCUUGGGAAUACCUUGUUCACCAUGUCAUGGCUAUAGGUGCCUUCUUCUCUGGCAUCUUUUGGAGAAGCUUUGUUGGUGCAGGUGUCAUGACACUCCUGGUGGAAGUCAGCAAUAUCUUCCUCACCUUCCGAAUGAUGAUGAAGAUCAACAAUGCCCAAGAGCUUCUCCUCUACAGGGUCAACAAGUAUGUCAACUUGGUCAUGUACUUUCUCUUUCGCCUGGCACCUCAGGUCUACCUUACCAAAUUCUUCCUGCAGUAUGCAGGCCAGAGGAACCUGGGCGGCUUUCUGCUGAGCAUCUUGCUCAUGUUGGAUGUGAUGAUACUCAUCUACUUUUCCCGCCUCCUGCGCUCUGACUUCUGCCCUCAGCCGGUCACUAGCCGGCAACACAAAGACAAGUUUUUGACUGAGUGAGAGGUACAAGGCCUGGGACAUGUGGCAAAGGACAAAAAGCACAGCCAAGAACAGGAACAGCCUCACGUGAAUUGGGACUCUGCCUCAAGUGUGGGCGUCCUCUGAGGCCACCUUGGGCUUGCACCCACACUAUUGAAGAAACACUAAUGAAAAGCACUCCUCUGAAGUCUUUUGUUGGGCAAGGGGUGAGGGAAGCAGACAGACCGGUUGGACAUGGUACAUGGGUGUGGGAUGACCUAAAAACCAACCAACCCACACUGCUAGGAAAUGGAUGCUAAUGACAACUCUAAAGUAACCCUUCUGCUCCAUUAUAUGUCAUUUCACACAUUAGUCCCUUCAAGGGACAGUGAUCUCUUAUGAAGCUUGUUCUCAUAUCUCUGUCAAGGGAGUGAGAAUAUGUCCAAGUUGUCCCAGGACAAUUAGGCAUCUAGUAAUAAAUACCUCUGGGGGCUGAGUAGAAGUCUUGAUAAAGGAUGAGGAUGUGGUUUGUAAGUAAAAGUUUUCUACUAAUAUCAAGUCCAUGGGUUUGAU